GUCGCGAUCAGGUGGAAAGGGCGCGCGGCGGGUCACGUGGUACCAAAAAUGGCGGCUCCGGGCGAGCGAGAAGCGGAGGGCUCGGCUGAGGAGGCUUUUCUCACCUUCUACACGGAGGUAAAGCAAAUUGAAAGGCGAGAUUCUGUUUUAACUUCAAAAAACCAGAUUGAAAGGCUCACUAGGCCUGGAGCCUCCUAUUUUAAUCUGAAUCCCUUUGAGGUACUGCAAUUGGAUCCUGAAAUCACUGAUGAAGAAAUAAAGAAAAGAUUCCGUCAGUUAUCCAUCUUGGUCCAUCCUGACAAAAAUCAAGAUGAUCCUGAAAGAGCGCAAAAGGCCUUUGAAGCUGUUGACAAAGCAUACAAGCUGUUGCUGGACCAGGAACAAAAGAAGAGAGCCUUGGACGUGAUACAGGCUGGAAAGGAAUAUGUGGAACACAUUGUAAAAGAGAAAAAGAAACAGUUAAAGAAAGAUGGCAAGACGACCGAUGUAGAAGAAGAUGAUCCACAAAUAUUCAAGCAGGCAGUGUACAAACAGACAAUGAAACUCUUCGCAGAGCUCGAAAUUAAAAGGAAAGAAAGGGAAGCAAAGGAAAUGCACGAAAGAAAAAGACAGAGAGAAGAGGAAAUAGAGGCCCAGGAGAAAGCCAAGCGUGAGCGAGAGUGGCAGAAAAACUUUGAGGAGAGUCGGGAUGGACGUGUGGACAGCUGGAGGAACUUUCAAGCAAAUACAAAAGGGAAGAAAGAGAAGAAAAAUAGAACCUUUUUGAGACCACCCAAAGUGAAGAUGGAGCAGCGUGAAUAAGCUGGCUAUUCUAGGCUCCUGUGGACACUUGUGUAUUACCAUGUUUAAGUCUCUCCUUGCUUUUCCAGUAGAAUCUUUGUUUUCAGUAUGAUUGGUUGAAGAUCAGAAUAUUCUAACCUCUGCUUGAUUCCCUGAGGUUCGUGGUUGAAUUUCCAGGCCAAACCUCCUGCUGCUUUUAGAAUCCUUGGCUAACUUAGAAAGGCGCCACCAUCACAUGUACUUGUAAUCCCCGUAAUUUAAUGUUCUGUAUUUCAAGGGUAUUGCUGUUCAAAUUUGCCACCAAGCCUGUAGCUUGUGGAAGCAUUCAUUCAGUAUCUCCAUAAGGCAGAUCCUGAAACUGGGCCUGGUGUCUCCUCCUGCUCACCUCAUCCAGCCGACCAUUUUUCAUCUCUUUCCACUUGCUAGUGGUGAAGUCUGGAACCUAGAACUGAGUUGCCUAGUUAAGCUUCACAAGAAGUUCUCAAGUGAGCUGCAUGGAGCUGAUGUUUCCCCACCCCCAACACUCUAAUUUCCAACUGUGAUCCACGAUUGCAGCUUGGUGAACAAAUAGCCUGAUUACUAGAACCACCCCCGCCCUCUGUAAAUAAAAUAAUAUCUUGCAUUGUAUAUGCAGUUAGUGGCAACGUUCUCUAUGUAAAAUAAAUUUUUACCCAAAAUUUUUU